CAUCGUCCUCACACGCCCAUCUUCGCUCGGGAAACUCGCAACAACAAUGCUGGCAAUCGACUAUUUGAUCUAAUGAAAGACACUUGAAGCCUGCAUCUUCUCAAUAUUAGUUACUCCCUGACGAAAUUCCCGACCCGACCGGUCGAAAGAGCGAGGACAAUGCCUCCGAGUCUCCCCCAGUUCUCUGCUGCGCGCGCACGCUCGUAUAUCUUCCGUCUCCCCCUCUUCACCCGCUGUAUUAUUCUCGUUAUUGUGCUGCUUUGGUUGGUGAGCUUGCAGAGUGCGUGGGAUGUGCAGCAAUGGGGGGCGUUAAUACCGAAGGAGAUUGGCUUGGCUACGAUGUAUAGAACGAAUACCUUCCCUCUGGUACAUGCAAACUUUUUUCAUGCUUUCAUGAAUAUACUUGCUUUGACGCCGUUGUUGGAGAGAUUCGAGGCUGAAUAUGGAACGCUGACUACGUUGGCGUUGUUCCUUGGUCCUCUAUCCACGAUUCCGGCGCUACUUUACACAUUUGUUGAGAUGGGAAUCGGAUUGAACACGAGAGUCUUGGGAGCUAGUAUAUGGGUAUUUACACUCAUCGCAAUGGAGGCAGUGAAGACAUACAGGACGAAUCCUCACUUUGUGAUUGGCACAACCCAAAUACCAACCUGGAUCACGCCUCUCGUGGUGGUGUUGUUCGUCUCUUUCCUGAUUCCGAAUACUAGUUUCUUGGGACACUGCUGUGGGCUGCUUUUUGGCUAUGGCUGGGGCCUCGGAUAUCUCAAAUUCCUUGCACCGCCAGAAUGGAUCCUACGGUGGAUAGAAGGCAAGUUAAAUUUGCUUGGGAGAUUACCACAUUACGUCUCAGUCGACCAGAAGACCUAUGGACGAUAUGGCGUCCUUCCUACCACAAACGCACCCGCGAACCCUGAUAUUGCUUUGAGAUUCACAGACCCAGGACAAAGAUUAGGGCCAUGAAGAAGAGAUAUGUUCAAAUAUGUGUUGCUCCCGUGUACAAACCUACAAUAGCAUCGUUCGGCGUUGAAAGGGGCUUUGUUGGGAGGCGUCAGGGAUAUUGUUUAUAGAGUGAUAUGAUCAUGGAUGUUAUUAUCAAUUUACCCAUGAUUCAAGACACUCUUCUAGGGAAUUGUAAACUUUAAAAAAAGUUGUGCCCCUGAAUGGAGUUGAUUGACCAGUCGCGUCG